AUGCGAUAUGCCUGCAUUUUUCAAAUGUUAAAGAAUUGUAUUGAUAUCCUGAAUGGUUGCGGUUUUUCAUCGUCGGGAAGUACAACGUUGUGUACAGAGUCGGCACGGCAAAUACGGGAGCAGAUCGAGGAUAUGUACGGUAAACCAGAUGAUGUCAAGAAAAUUCGCGCCAAUCCAAUGACAGCACGAUUUAUGAUUGUUGAUUUGAAUAGUGCUAAAUCAGCCGUUGUAUUUUAUGUACGGUUGUUGUUGCCUCAAUCAAUUCAUUUAUUCAAUGUUAAGGAUGAUGUGAAUGCGGAUUCGUUGCGAAAUGAUGAAGCGCGAACGCUAGUAAAGAAUUGUUUGUUUAAACAGGAAUUAAUGGGGAAACAGAUCCCCAUAUUCACAUUCUGA